AUGGUUUAUUUAUCGACUUCCAAGAUCAGUCUGGUGCUUCUUUUGAAUAUGGGUCUGGUUAUUAUGUGCAUUUUGUGGCAAUUAGCAAAGAAAAUCUUCCUUGGAUCGCUGCGAGAAGCAGAAGUUGAAAGGCUGAAUGAGCAGUCAUGGAGGGAAGUUAUGGAGAUACUGUUUGCAAUCACCAUUUUCCGACAGGACUUCUCAGUUACAUUUCUUGCAAUGGUUACCACUCUACUCUUGAUCAAGGCUUUGCAUUGGUUGGCUCAGAAAAGGGUUGAAUACAUCGAAACAACUCCUUCUGUUCCUAAGCUUUCUCACAUCCGCAUCGUCUCUUUCAUGGGAUUUCUCCUCCUUAUUGACAGUCUCUUUCUGUACGAGUCUGUAAAAUAUUUGAUAGAAACCCGACAACCUUCAGUUUCUCUCUUCUUCGCAUUUGAAUACAUGAUACUGGCAACGACAACUGUGUCGACGUUUGUGAAAUAUGUAUUCUAUGUUAGCGACAUGCUUAUGGAUGGACAAUGGGAAAAGAAAGCUGUCUACACUUUUUACUUGGAGCUUAUUAGGGACUUACUGCACUUGACUAUGUACAUGUGUUUCUUCCUCGUGAUUUUUAUGAACUACGGUGUACCCCUUCACUUGAUCCGGGAGCUUUACGAGACAUUCCGUAACUUCAAAAUUCGCGUGGCUGAUUACAUGCGUUAUCGAAAGAUCGCUUCAAAUAUGAAUGAUCGUUUUCCAGAUGCAACACCUGAAGAGCUUGAUGUAAGUGAUGCAACCUGCAUCAUAUGUCGUGAGGAGAUGACAACAGCUAAGAAACUUAUUUGCGGGCAUCUUUUUCAUGUGCACUGCCUGAGGUCCUGGUUAGAAAGACAAAACACGUGUCCUACUUGUAGAGCCCUUGUUGUACCACCUGAAAAUGGCACUUCUGUGACUGGAUCGAGCACAGAUGUUCAUCAACAAGGUACAAGCGCAGCCAGUACAUCUCAUGGCUCAGUUGGUGCAAAUGCUAAUAUCACUCGGCAUCAGGCUAGACUCCAAGCGGCUGCUUCUGCUGCCUCAAUAUAUGAGAAGUCUUUUGUUUAUCCUUCUCCAAAUACUCUUGUCUGGUCACCUGGAUAUGCUUUACCUCCUCAAACCUUAGCACAUCAGGACUCUAUGUUUAUGGCAAAUUCAGCUGGACAGCUUCCUGAAGGGAACGUGCAGUAUGGAGCAGGGUUGGGAAGCAAUUUUAAUGCACCAAAUUCACAACUGGAUGCACAGAAGAAACUCAUCGAGCACCAGAUUGAGUUUCUGCAACUCCAGCUGAAGCUCCUACACACAUCAGAUGACAAGAGGACCAUGGAUACUGGAACACCUGACUUCAAGGGAAAGGAAGUUUUAUCAUCAUCUUCAGCUAUUCCAGACUGUAGUGAGAAUAGCAUUUCUGAAGGUGUAGAUAGAUAG